AUGGCUGGUCCCUUCUCUCGUCUCCUGUCUGCCCGCCCGGGGCUCAGACUCCUGGCUUUGGCUGGAGCUGGGUCUCUAGCCGCUGGGUUUCUUCUCCGCUCGGAACCUGUUCGAGCCGCCGGCGAACGACGAAGGCUGUAUCCCCCGAGGUAUCAGUAUCCUGAAAACAUGCUCCCAGCUGAGUGCACUGGGUCUAGGCCCCCUGUGCCCUCCCUCCAUGGUUACUGGUACCCCCUCCCUAGUGCUGAGUACCCAGACCUCCGAAAGCACAACAACUGCAUGGCCAGUCACCUGACCCCAGCAGUCUAUGCCCGGCUCUGCGACAAGACCACACCCACUGGUUGGACGCUAGAUCAAUGUAUCCAGACUGGCGUGGACAACCCUGGCCACCCCUUCAUCAAGACUGUGGGCAUGGUAGCUGGUGAUGAGGAGACCUAUGAGGUAUUUGCUGAGCUGUUUGACCCUGUGAUCCAAGAGCGACACAAUGGAUAUAACCCCCAGACGAUGAAACAUACCACUGACCUGGAUGCCAGCAAGAUCCGUUCUGGCUACUUUGAUGAGAGGUAUGUAUUAUCCUCAAGAGUCAGAACUGGCCGAAGUAUCCGGGGUCUCAGCCUGCCUCCAGCCUGCACCCGGGCAGAGCGACGAGAGGUGGAGCGUGUUGUGGUGGAGGCACUGAGUGGCCUGAAGGGUGACCUGGCUGGACGCUACUAUCGGCUCAGUGAGAUGACAGAGGCUGAGCAGCAGCAGCUAAUUGAUGACCACUUCCUGUUUGAUAAGCCUGUGUCCCCAUUAUUGACCGCAGCAGGAAUGGCUCGAGACUGGCCAGACGCUCGUGGAAUCUGGCACAACAAUGAGAAGAGCUUCUUGAUCUGGGUGAAUGAGGAGGAUCAUACACGGGUCAUCUCCAUGGAGAAGGGUGGCAACAUGAAGAAAGUGUUUGAAAGAUUCUGCCGAGGCCUCAAAGAGGUGGAGCGGCUGAUCCAGGAGCGUGGCUGGGAGUUCAUGUGGAAUGAGCGUUUGGGAUACAUCUUGACCUGUCCGUCUAACCUAGGCACUGGACUUCGGGCAGGAGUGCACAUCAAACUGCCCCUGCUAAGCAAAGAUAGCCGCUUCCCAAAUAUCCUAGAGAACCUAAGACUCCAAAAACGUGGAACUGGAGGAGUGGAUACAGCUGCCACAGGCAGCAUCAUUGACAUCUCUAAUUUGGACCGACUGGGCAAGUCAGAGGUGGAGCUGGUGCAGCUGGUCAUCGAUGGAGUAAACUAUUUGAUUGACUGUGAACGGCGUCUGGAGAGAGGCCAGGAUAUCCGCGUCCCUCCGCCUCUCCUCAACAAGCAUUAA